AUAACCCCCAAUUGCCAUUCCCAACAAUUUUCACCUUCUUCCCCAAUUCUUUAAAAACCAAAUGCCCUAAUUAUCUCCAUAAUUCCCCCCAAACCAACAUAUUUGGUGAUCAUCUUCACCGAAAUUCAAAAUUCAUCUCCAUCAUGGGAAGCCGAUCGACAAAUUCAAGUGGAAGCUCACACAAUCGAAGCAAUAUUGGCUCACGAAAUGGGUGGUCCCUCCCACUCGAAACUGUUACUUGUCGUUGUGGUUUUGAGCUUUCAACCCUUACUUCAUGGUCGGAAAAGAACCCGGGGAGAAAAUUCCGGGCAUGCCCAAAUUAUACGAGUCCAUCAUGUUGUGGCUAUUUUGAGUGGGUGGACGAAGAAGUUUGUCGAAGAUGCAAGAACAUCAUUCCUGGAUUGUUGAAAAAACUGGACAAAUUGGAAGAGAAAAUGAAACUGGAGAAAGAAAAAAAAAGAAAAAUACAAGUUGAGCUUGAACUGUACAAGAAGACACAAAGGAAGAUGAAGAUGAUGGCAUAUCUUGUUAUUUGUCUUCUAUUUAUAACAAUCCAACUCAUGUGCAAGCCCAAAUAUGAGAAGAAAUUUGCAGAACUGGUGUAGAGCUUAUGCUUGUUGUUAUGUUCUAUUUUGGAUAUUGGAUAUUUUGUAAAAUUUGCCGAAAUAUUUCGUAAUGGAUGCUCUUUUGAUUAUCUUAA